GCGGCUGAGAAGAGCCAUCGACGCGUUUGGGUGUCAAGUGAUCGCUUGUCGGGCAGCUAUCGGAACAAAUCACGCGUGUGCAGAGGAGGGGGACGAGGGGGGGGGUGAGGAGGGCUUCGCGUGGAGAGGGUUGGUAUAACGCGUCGCUUCAUCCGCACGAGUCGCCCACUCCGCCACUGCGCUCCCUCCUCGCUCUCGCCUCGCUCUCUCAUCCCAUCCACCCAGCCUCCCCCUCACGCUCAUCGCGACCCCAUGAAGGAGUUUAAACAGAAGCUCAACUGGGUGUUCAAAGGCAGGAUGAUCGCCCCCGCGCGGGGCCGCAUGCCGCAGCCCCCGGCACGCAGCGUCCUCGUGUUCCGCAACGGGGACCCGCACUUCCCGGGGCGCCGCUUCGUGCUCAACGAGCGGCAGGCGGCCACCUUCGAGGCCUUCCUCGCGCAGGUGACGCGGGGUCUGCAGGCGCCCUACGGCGCCGUGCGACGCCUCUACACCCCGGCCGAGGGGCACCGGGUCCGGUCCCUGGACGCGCUGCGCCCGGGGGCUGCGUACGUGGCUGCGGGCAGCGAGACGUUCAAGAAGAUCGAUUACUCCCAGAUCGUCCCGACAAAAAGGGAGCGGUCCCUGCACAGAGACGCGGUGCAGAUCCGGCCCGUGGCUCACAGCAGAAUCGUGGCCUCAGCCAAGUGGAGCAAACCUCAGCAGGAGCCCGUCACCAUAUUCGUGUACGCGAACGGGGACGCGCUGAGCGCCGCGGUGCGCCUGCUGGUGCCAGCGCGCGCCCUCUCCGACUGGCAGCACGUGCUCGCCAUCGUGACGGAGAAGGUGCAUCUGCGGACAGGCGCCGUGCGAAGGCUGUACUCCCCGUCGGGCCAGCUGGUGUGGGACGGCUCCGAGCUGGAGAACGGCCACUCGUACGUGGCCACGGGCACCGAGAAGUUGAAGCGGCUCCCCUACGGCGCCGGGGGCCUCGCCAAGGCCUCCCCGCGCCACAGCAGCUCCAAGGGCGUCGUCCUGCCGCCGCUGGUGAUGCCGAGGAGGAGUCGCGACUCGAGCCACAACAGCAAAUCUCCGAGCAUCAACACCCUCGCCAGCUCCUUUCCACAGCUGGGAGACGGCUCCCUCCUCUCGGAGCGCAACGGGGGGGUGCCGCCGCUUCCGUCGGCGCGACGCCGCCAGCAGCUGUCCCCGCGCGACUCCCGCGCCGCGCGCGACCUUUACUCGCAGCACCACCCCUACCAGCAGCAGCAGCAGCUGCAGCAGCAGCACCACCCCUACCAGCAGCAGCUGCAGCAGCAGCAGCCCGAACACCGCGGCGGGCAACGCAAGCCGGGCUACCACCACCACCUCCAGCAGCACCACCAGCAGCACCACCAGCAGCACCAUCAGUACGGGGACCCCGUUCCACCAGCUCAGCCGCGGGCCCCUGGCAAGACCGGCCCUCGGAGGCCCCCUCCGAAGAAUGGGCCCAGAGGUCACGGGCUGGACGCGACGGAACUUGACGCCUCGGACCUCCGGGACGAGUUCGCCACCCGGGCGAAGGAUCGCUCGCGGGGCCGGGAUCGGGGAGGCCUCGAGCGGAACAAGGAGCGAGACCGGGGGAGGGGCGCGAGGGAGGGGCGCAGGAACGGAGCCCACGACGGGGGGCUGGGAGCGGAGAGCGAAGAUUUCCCCGAGGAGGUGGGCGAGGACGGGGCGGGGACCCGCGUGGGACUUCUCGCCGUCGACCAGGUGACGAAGCCGACGGAGCCGGCGAGGGCGGCGGCGGCCGCGGCGGACGACGACGACGACGAAGACGGAGAGACGAAUAAGAAGACGAAGACGGCGGCGCGCGCCGUGGGGGGCGGCCCCCUGGCACCGCGCGGGGACCCCCAGUUCCGCACCUUCCUGCUCAUUGACCCCCGCGGCGGAGACGGCCACGGGGUGCCCGCGGCGGGGGGCCCCUCCCUCGGCCCUCCCCGCGGGGCCCACGUCGCCCGGGGGCUGCCGAGCGUGCGCGUCGUGGACGUGGACGCGAUCGCGGGGGGCUCCGACGGGGACCCCCGCGGGGAGGGGGGGGCCCCCGCCGCCGGGGGCUUCUACUUGGUCGAGGGCGGCAGCGGAGCAGCGGCGGCUCGCGACGGCCACGCGGCGGGGUCCACGUGGGGGCAGCCGCGGCCGCUCUACUCCUCGUUGUCGUCGUCCGUGGAUGCUGACGACGAGAAGGUUCGCGGGUUCGAGUCCGGCAGGCCGCCCCGGUUAAUACUGCCGUAG